UCACAACGCCUCCUAAGUACCUGUAAAAAUAAUAUAAUAUGAUAAUUAUAUCAACAAGUGAUUAAAUGACAAGAGAAAACAUUUUGCCAAGUCCAUGAGCUUACAUUUUGAAAGCAUUAUUCUAUGAAUGACAAACGAUUGGGUUUUGUUUCGUUUAAGGAACUUAUUUGCCGGGAAUAAAAACGCAAGCUGCCUUCAAGAGAUAAAACUUAAUGAAUUCAAUGGAUUCACAUACUGUAUUUAAACAAUCAUUCGAAUCAUUCGAAGAUUACAUUAGUUCAGAAGAGAUCGAACCGAACCCAGAGGAAUGCACAUCUUUACUAAACAACGCUGCUAAACAAAGCAAUGAAGAAAAAUUCACCUUUAUUGAACUUCAAGUCUUGCCAAAAGAUGACAAAGAGAUUUCACCGGGAGAAGUACCACGUGAUAGGCUAGAAAAAUAUGACAGUGAUAUAGAAUGUAGAAUCUGCCGUUGCAAAGGCGAUGAACCUUUGAUUAGCCCUUGUAAAUGCUCAGGUUCUUCGAAAUGGAUUCAUCAAAGCUGUCUUAUCCAGUGGUUCCAGAUAUCUAGGACUUCGAGGUGUGAACUAUGUUCAGAGACAGUUAUUAUUAGGAAAUACACGAAGCCGAUAUGUGAGUGGAAACGUCCCAAGGGAGGUUUUGGUCCCUGCAAUAAAGUGGAUCUCUGGUAUCUGUUCGUGACAUUGUUCAGCCUCGGGACUAUCGUAGGUUUUGCAAUCUUCCAAGGCCUGAUGGGAGCAGAGGAAAGUACCGAGACAAUAUUAGUCUUCGUAGCUAUUUACAUCCUGUGUGCUAUCAUGAUCCUGGUAAGAAUUUGGUAUUUUUAUGUUUGGUUUACUCGGAAGAGUACGUACUGGAAUGCAUGGAGAAGUUUGAACCAGAAUUGGAUCAUUAAAUCGGCCACUUCGACAUCCACUGCAUUCGAAGAAUGCGCCGUGGUGUAGUCCGAAUGGUAGCACUCCACGCGCGUUCCACUAGUUAAACAAUAGACUUUGACGAUACGGUGCCGCCAUCUUGAAUCGCAAGAUAUUAUAGGUUGUCCAGGGAGCAAAGCAAAACAAAGAUGGCAUUUCAUUUGUCUGUCUUUCAUUUAUGGGUAAAGAAGGGUAUCGAUGUGCCGUGGAUUUUUGUUGUCUUCAUCAAGCCUCAUAUUACCUUCCGUAUUAGGUCUAUAUUGAAUCCCUGAGUUCAAGAAAUCCAAAAUGGCCGCUGUGUCGUCGAAGUAGUUAAGUGAGUCUAUUCGUAAUUCUGACGUAUCUAGGUUACCGUUGCAAACCUCAAAAAGAGGUUAGCCAGAAGUAAUUGUAAUUAACAGUGUAUUAAGAGUCGAACGAUCCAUUUUACUGUGUAAAUUCAAUACAAUAUAGUUAAUUGCCGAAAACACGAUGUUUUUAUUGGACCUCUGUUUAGCGGCCAAUCUCUAUUAAGCAGCCACAUUUUCUGGUCCCGAGGGUGACCGCUUAAUAGACAUUCAAAAUGUUCAAGGGUCAUUAGAUGAUUUAUAUACUCAUAUAAAGGGUCUUUUAACUUUCUGGGUUCUAUCAUUUUAAAUAGCAUCUAUUAUUCCUGGAAUGCAACCACGYGAUUUAAAUUCACGUCAGUUAUAAACAAACAAGCAAAAAACAAAACAAAGGAAAACAAAACAAAACAAAACAAAAAAAACAACCGCCAUAUUGGUUCAUCUAACUAGAGAAGCUAAAGGCCGGUUUAGAAGGUACGGUUUUCGCCUACAACUAUCGUAUACAACUCCUACAACUCGAGUCUUAGCUUGUAAAUCGAGCCUAAAACUCGCCUACGACAGACGCGUGCAACACGGAAAAAGUUGUAGGAUUUUGAAACAUGUUUUAAAAAGCUACGACAAUCGUAGGUGUCAUGACGCGAGCGUGUUGUAUACGAUACCGUCUAAAUCGGCCUUAAUAAGGAAUGCUUUGUUAUCGUGAACCAAUGUGAAGGCCAUCACGUAACAUUCAACCCAAGAAUAAUGAAAUUGAAAAUUGAAAAUUGGGAAUAAAAAAUUGUGUAUGCAUUUUCGUUUAUAAUGAACCAACUUGCUUUGCAAGAACACAACAAGUUAUCAAUUAGCUAUUUGGCAUCGCAGUGCAUAUUUAAUGGCCGUUUUAGGGAACGUAUUUCCAAGAUGGCGUCAAUUCUUCCCCUAAAACAGUCCAAACUUGCACUGUAGUGCCAACACGACCUAGUUUUUUUUCUCAACCUAGCUCGGAAUGUUAAUAGAUCGAUGYGUAAAGAAGGGUGGCACAAUAGAACUGCGAAAUGCCUCACAAAGACAAGGGUCAGAAACCUGUACUGGCGAAUGUAAAACUGUAAAUCUAAUUUAGGUCUCAGGCUGAUUGAGCAACGACUGAAUAUAGCCUUAUGUAUAUCUUUUAUUUAUAUGAGAGACGUGCUGUUUUUCUGUUUGUCAACUUCAUACUGAAAUUCGUACAUGAUUUAAAACAUUUAUAUAGGUAUCAGUCGAACAUAGGUCUCUAUACAAAUAGACCGGGAAAUAGAGCAUGGAUGUAAAAGUAGUGUACAAAAAUAACAUAACAGAAAUAGAAGUAAUUAAUUUAACAUUGCAUGUCCUUAAAAAUGUUUCAGUUAAUAAAUUGUGGAAGUGUGAAAGUAUUCAACAA